CAUGUGGGAAUUGAACCGGAGACCUUGUUGCUUAGAGCUCGCGCUCUUAACCAACUGAGCCACUCGGCCGGCCCGUUCAUGAAAUUUUUAAUGAGAAUCUUAUAAUAUAUGAGCUCUCAUUCAACAGGAUUCUAAGAUAUUUAAAGGCAAGGGUCAAGUUAUGCACCUUUCAGUUUAUGAAAUAUUUCUUCAGCAUCACUAUACAUCAUAGCAAGAUACGUAGGUCAUUGCACCUGCCCUCGGGAAACUAGGGAAAAGGACACAAAAUAGUAAAUGCUAAACUGUACUCCAGGAAAGAGAUCAACAAAGAGGGUAGUCGGAGACGGUGUUGAGAAACAUUAGAAUUGAGUUCCGUCUUAAGGGAACAGAUGGACAUUCCAGGGCAAAAGGUCGGGAGUUAAGAGUAAUAGAAGUUUUUAUACCUCUCAAAAACCAGUGUAUACACCGUCACAGAGCUUGAAUGAUCGACAGCUGUGUUUCCGCUGACAGUAUCGCAGAUGGAAGCUAUCUUGGAAGUUUAAAUCUCUGAAGAAUGGCUUGUCGAGGAGCGAUAAACGGUGAUCCACGCGAGCGACCCUAGCGCCUCUGGCGUCCCUUAGCGGGAACGCAGCCCCACGAUCUGAAUCCACAAGUUAAAGACAUAAUCAUUUACGUCUCUACAAUGUUUCGCCAAACGAUGAUUCCUUAGAGGGCGCGGCGGACCGGCACGCACGCGCGAAGUCCUUCUCACCGCACAAAGACUGCGGAAGCAGGGAUCGGCGCAAGCGCUCUGAUGCUCUCUGAAAAUGAUUAUCAUCCCGUCUCCUGGCGCAGGGAGGGCGGAGCGACGCAAGCGCCGUGAAGACGCGCGGGACUUAUUUCACGCUGGGGGUGGCGGUGACGUAAUGACAGAGGAGGCGGUGGUCAAGGAACGGAAGCCGGGAGGGAACUAGGGCGGAAGGGGGACCAGGGGCAGGCUUGUGUUCGGAUCCUUGGCGGGGCUGGGGUUCUGAUGUGGUCCCCAGAGCGGGAGGCCGAGGCCCCGGCCGGUAGAGACUCGGCGGGCCUUCUGCCCCCUGAGUGGGAGGAGGAUGAGGAGCGCAUGUCUUUCCUGUUCUCUGCCUUCAAAAGGAGUCGCGAGGUUAACAGCACCGACUGGGACAGCAAGAUGGGCUUCUGGGCGCCGUUGGUUCUGAGCCACAGCCGCCGCCAGGGGGUGGUGCGCCUUCGUCUGCGGGACUUGCAGGAGGCCUUUCAGCGCAAGGGCAGCGUCCCGCUGGGGCUGGCCACGGUGCUGCAGGACCUGCUGCGUCGAGGGGAGCUGCAGCGGGAGUCAGACUUCAUGGCCAGUGUAGACAGCAGCUGGAUCUCCUGGGGGGUCGGCGUCUUCCUGCUGAAGCCUCUCAAGUGGACUCUUUCCAACAUGCUGGGGGACAAUAAGGUUCCUGCCGAGGAGGUGCUUGUGGCUGUGGAGCUGCUUAAGGAGAAGGCUGAGGAGGUGUAUCGUCUGUAUCAGAACUCCCCUCUCUCCUCCCACCCUGUGGUGGCCCUGUCGGAGCUGAGCACCCUCUGUGCGGGCUCCUGUCCGGACGAGAGGACCUUCUACUUGGUGUUGCUGCAGCUGCAGAAGGAGAAGAGAGUCACAGUCCUCGAGCAGAACGGGGAAAAGAUUGUGAAGUUUGCCCGGGGGCCACAUGCCAAGGUCUCUCCUGUCAACGACGUAGAUGUUGGGGUGUACCAGCUGAUGCAGAGUGAACAGCUGCUGUCCCGCAAAGUGGAGUCCUUAUCCCAGGAAGCAGAGAGGUGUAAAGAGGACGCCCGCCGGGCGUGCCGAGCAGGGAAGAAGCAGCUGGCCCUGAGGUCUCUCAAAUCGAAACAACGGACGGAGAAGCGCAUCGAGGCCCUGCAUGCCAAGCUGGACACCGUUCAAGGCAUCCUGGACCGGAUCUAUGCCUCCCAGACAGAUCAGAUGGUUUUCAAUGCCUAUCAGGCUGGGGUAGGAGCCCUAAAACUCUCCAUGAAGGAUGUCACAGUGGAAAAGGCAGAGAGCCUCGUAGAUCAGAUCCAAGAGCUGUGUGACACCCAGGAUGAAGUUUCUCAGACUCUGGCUGGCGGGGUAACCAAUGGCUUAGAUUUUGACAGUGAGGAGCUGGAGAAGGAAUUGGACAUCCUUCUUCAGGAUACCACCAAAGAACCUUUGGAUCUGCCUGGCAGACACAUUGGAUCUGCCUGCCCGACGUUUUAUACCAACAGUGUGCCUAACCCUAGGAUCUCGGAUGCUGAACUUGAAGCUGAACUUGAGAAACUGUCCUUAUCAGAGGGAGGUUUGGUCCCAAGCAGCAAAUCCCCAAAAAGGCAAUUGGAACCGACUCUCUAAAGCCAUCUAGGACCCUCAAGUGAAGGACCCUCGUGUAAAAGAGAGGCCAGGCUUGUAUGCGUGUACAUAGUUAUUUAAAUGAAAAACUCUCAGAACUGGUGGGGAAGAGGAGGAAGGACAACCACUCUGAUUUAUCUGGAUGCUACCACUUACUACAGGACAGAUAACAGUUUCUGGAAGCGUGCUCCAAAGGCUUGCUCCCAGCGGGUGUCAUGGACCUGCCUUCUCAUCUUUAUAGUGCCACAAUUUAUACAGUUCUGUGUUUGACCCGUCGUCUCAUAGCCUGCAGUUCUUGCCGUUGGCUCUCUUAGGUUUGUCUUCACCCACCAGCUUUGUUCCAGCCAAUGAAGGUGAAAGAUUUGCAGCUUUGCUAAAUCAGAAUCAGCCCUCUCCCCCCCACCCCCCACUGUUUCUUAGAGGAAUGUAUUGUCUGUAAGGCCAGUUAAACGACUGGUUCCAGUCCCACUCUAUUUUCGUUGGUAAUGAGAAGAAUGAGAAUCAAACAGCUGCCACUUUAUGGAGAAACAUACAGUUUAAAAGAUUUUUUUUCUCUAGGGUCAUUUGUCAGAUUCUCCAGGUGUUCAGGAAAGAGGUCACCCCUGAGUGGCUCAGAGUCAUCCAUUUGGAGAGGAGGUUGGUGGCUGUUUCUGCCUCUUCUAUCUUAUGCAGAAGAUCUCCUGACUGGAGAAAGUGUUACCGCUGGACUUGUGAACUUGAGGGGGAGCAGCCCAGGUGACUGCAGGGCCCUGAGUGUCCAAACCCCAUGUGCUUUUUUAAAGAGGCAUAAUCUUUGCCUUGUCCCAUCAUGGAAUCAUUGAAACAUAACUUUAUUUAUGUCAGAACAAGCCACACAACAGCGCACCUCCCCUUCUUGAGCCUGGCACACCACAACGGGUUCUUUGGAUUUCAGAGCAUUUGCUUAGUGCCCGCUGCCCCGGGCAGGGGGCCUGAGUCAGGCUGUGCAAUAGAGCAGAAGCCCGGGGCCUUCUGCGGACGGGCGCGUGCUUCCGGGUCCUGCCCUCCACCUGUCCCUGCCUCCUCAAGCCCCAUCGACCCACUUGCUUUGAUGAGUGGGGGAGGGGAGGGUGGUGUAGGGGGACAGCCGGGAGAGGGUCUGAAUGCUGUGGCAGCGGGGAGAAGAGAAGGUGACAGCCACACUGCCACUCUGCUGCCACAGAGCAAGUGCUGCCUGAGCCCUUCCCUGGGCCCCCCGCUGAGGUGGCGGGGAGCAGAGGGGAAAAGCUUGCUCCAGGCCAGCAGCACAAAUCACCUUUCAACAGAUCCCUCUCCCAGCUGACCUUGGUAAACUGAAAUGUUGGGGUGAAGAGAAACAAUCACUAUUUUUUCUUUUUUAUCUGGUAAAUAAAAUUAAAAGUAAAAACCCCGA